AUGUUUCUAAAGUGUAUAAUUAGUAAUAUUUUUUAUUUGACAGGUCGGAAGAGAGUGUCCACCAUCACCUUGAAUCGAACAAAAGUCAUCAAAAUAAAUCCCAAACCGGAAAUUGAGCUAAAGAGACAGGGUGAAAUCGACAAGCAACUCGAAAAUUUAGCUACUAUCCUAGUCCAUUCCAAUGCCACACCGAUUCGCCGCAAAGGUAGUAAAGGAUACGCAUGCUGUUUCUGCCAAGAGGAGUACUUCGAAGCGAAGGACCUCAAAACGCACACUUUAACAGCUCACGAAGAAAUCAAAUCCACUUUUAAGAAAGGAUUUUCAAUGCUCGACUUUGUAGUAAAAUUAGAUAUAACAUCCUUAACUUGUAACAUCUGCGAUACGAAUUUCGAUUCUAUAGAAGAUCUCGUCAAACACUUGACAUCGAGACAUAACAAACCGUACCACGCAAAAUUGAAAAACUACAUCAUUCCAUUCAAAUUUGACAAGGACAUAUUCGAAUGCGUGGAAUGUCAUCAACAGUACAAUAAUUUCAAAAUACUUUUGGUGCACAUGAAUUCUCAUUAUAGGAAUCACAUAUGUAACAUAUGCGAUGUAGGUUUUGUCAAUAGAAAAGUUAUGCUGGCUCAUAGGAGCAGACACAAGAAAGGCGUGUUCGUCUGUCCUCAAUGCAACAAGAUAUUUGAUGCAAAAGUCAAACAGAAAGAACACGAAAGGGCAGUACACGUGAACUUCCAAAAAAGAUACAGGUGCGGUUUCUGCAAUGAGAAAUUCACAGAUUAUAUAAAAAAGAAUGAUCACGUGGUGAAAAUGCAUGGAGCGAAGCCACUAGUACUGAAUUGUCAAGCCUGUGACAAGACUUUUAGUAAUCAAAGAGCGUUGAACCUACAUGUCAAGUCGUACCAUUUAUUAGAGACUCAGAUGAAGAAAUCUGAACUGUCAUCGAAGAAAUCAAAACAGAAGAAUGCGAACUCGUUCAAUGAUUAA